CAAUAUGCCUUAAUGAUAGAUUUUAGCGGCAGGGCUUCCUAUCGGACCUCGAUGAGUCCAUUGAGCUCUACCGGGCUGCACUGAAGCUCCGUCCCCUUGGUUCUUUUGGUCGAUUCGUGUGUCUCAACAAUCUUGCCAACAGGCUUAGAGACAGGUUCCACCAGAAUGGCGCCCUGUCUGACUUUGAUGAGGCCAUCGAGUUCAAUCGGGUUGCACUGCUCCUCCGUCCCCACGGUCAUUCCGAUCGAUCCAUGUCUCUCAACAAUCUUGCCCUCAGCCUUCAAGACAGAUUCCACCAGCGUGGCACCCUGUCUGACCUUGAUGAGGCCAUUCUUCUUGAUCGAGCUGCACUCCUACUCCGUCCCCCCGGACAUUCUGAUCGAGCCUCAUCUCUCUCCGAUCUUGCCAACGGCCUUCGAGCCAAAUUCCGCCAGCGUGGCGCUCUGUCUGACCUUGAUGAGGCCAUUGAGCUUGAUCGAGCUGCACUACUCCUCCGCCCCCCUGGUGAUCGAUCCGCUUCUCUCAACAAUCUUGCCGUCAGCCUUCGAGACAGAUUCGAGCAGCGAGGUUCCUCAUCUGACCUUGAUGAGGCCAUUGAGCUUCAUCGAGUUGCACUCCUUCUCCGUCUUCCCGGACAUUCUGAUCGAGCCUCAUCUCUCAACAAUCUUGCCCUCAGCCUUCAAGACAGAUUCCACCAGCGUGGCACCCUGUCUGAUGUUGAUGAGGCCAUCGAGCUUCAUCGAGCUGCACUCCUCCUCCGUCCCCCCGGACAUUCUGAUCGAGCCUCAUCUCUCUCCAAUAUUGCCCUCAGCCUUCAAGACAGAUUCCACCAGUAUGGCGCCCUGUCUGACCUUGAUGAGGCCGUUGAGCUCAAUCGAGCUGCACUACUUCUGUGCCCCCCUGGUCAUUCUAAUCGAUCCAAGUAUCUCAACAAUCUUGCCAUCAGCCUUCGAGACAGAUUCGAGCAGCGGGGCUCCUCAUCUGACCUUGAUGAGGCUAUUGAGCUUCAUCGAGCUGCACUCAUCCUCCAUCCCCCCGGGCAUUAUGAUCGCGCCUCAUCUCUCUCCAAUCUUGCCAACGGCCUUCAAGACAGAUUCCGCAAGCGUGGCAUCCUGUCUGACCUUGAUGAGACCAUUAAGCUCGAUCGGACUGCCCUACUCCUCUGUCCCCCUGGUCAUUCUAAUCGAUCCAUGUCUCUCAACAAUCUUGCCGUCAGUCUUCGAGACAGAUUCGAGCAACGAGGCUUCUCAUCCGACAUUGAUGAGGUCAUUGAGCUUCAUCGAGCUGCACUCAUCCUCCGUCCCUGUGGUCAUUCUGAUCGAUCCCUGUCUCUCAGCAACCUUGCCAUUGGCCUUCAUGACAGAUUCGAGCAGCGAAGCUCCCCAUCUGACCUUGAUGAUGCCAUAGAGCUCCAUCGAGCUGCACUACUACUCCGUCCCCCCGGUCAUUCUUAUCGAUCAUCGUCUCUCGACGCUCUUUCUUACAGUCUUCGAUCCAGGUUCAAGCAGCGGAAUGUCAUGUCGGACCUGGAUGAAUCAUUUAUGUUGUAUUCGGAACUCCCCCACGUCUCUAAUGCACCAUCCCGGAGCGAUCUUAACGCUGCCAAGUCAUGGGUAAGCUCCGCUGAGCAGUUGAAUCAUGGCUCUGCAUUGGUUGCCUAUCAGACCGCUUUGAAAUUCCUGGAUCGGCAUGUUGCUCUUUUGUCAUCUUCAUCGCGCCAUUUCGACAUAUUCAAGGAAGCCACUUCUUCCCUUGCCACGGAUGCUUUCUCGUGCUGUGUUCGUUGUGGUGCUUUGACCACUGCUGUGGAACUGGUGGAGCAAGGCCGUGCAGUAUUCUGGACCCACUUGGCACGCUUCCGCACACCACUAGAUGAACUUUCCCUUUCAGGUGAUACCGGCGCAGCAUUUGCGGAAGAGUUCAGGCGACUGAGCUUUCUUCUUCGUAACACGUUCGAUCAGUCUACUGAAGACCAGUCCCCGCAAAUUCGGCAACUGACCAUGCAAUGGGACGAUGUCGUCUCACGCAUCCGCAGCGUGCUCCCUGACUUUUCUCGGUUUCUCUUGCCUCCACUAUUUUCUGACCUUCAGGAGGCAGCUGAAGAAGGUCCGGUCAUCAUCGUGAAUGCUAGUCAGUACAGCUGCGACGCCUUGAUCAUCUUUGGCACCCAAGAUCCUGUCCACAUUCCCCUUCAUAUCACGCAGUCCGAGGUCUUGGAGCUGUCCUCCGAGUUUCAGUCCCUCGCAGAAGAAUUUGGUUCUUCUAAUCAUCAAGACGACCUUGUCAGCAUCCUCCGCAACCUUUGGGAUUGCAUCGUUGACCCCGUGGUCCAAGCGCUUAGGGAGUCAAAAGUUGAACCUGGCUCGCGUAUCUGGUGGUGUCCCACCGCUGAGUUCACUCUGCUUCCUCUACAUGCAGCCGGGCCGUACGAGAAGAAGAGGGACAAUUUAUCUCAUAUUUACAUCUCCUCCUAUACCCCGACUUUGGCUAUUCUUAUUCGUGCGAGACGGCAGGGUUCGGUGGAUGCAACCACGCAACAUUUCGUUGCCGUCGGUCAAGCAAAUCCGGUCAGAGGGAAGAAGCUCCGAUGUGUCGCUCCUGAGUUGGCUGUAGUCGCUCGGCGUCUCUCGCCCCUCGUCUCCUUCACUUCUCUGGAGGACAGCGAUGCAACAGUCCAGGGUGCACUCAAUGCACUACGCCAUAAUCAGUGGCUCCACCUAGCCUGCCAUGGAAUGCCCAAUCGAAAACAAUCAUUCAAAUCUUCUUUCGCAAUGGGCGACGGGGAUUUAAUGAUCACGGACAUCAUCCAAUCUCACUGGCAGAAUCCAGAGUUUGCAUUCUUAUCCGCUUGCCACACUACCGUAGGCGAUGAGAUGAGUCCCGAUGAGUCAAUUCAUCUCGCUGCGGCCAUGCAAUUCUCCGGAUUUCGCAGUGUGAUUGGUUCUAUGUGGUCUGUCGACGACGAGGUUGCACGACAGGUCGUGUCUGCUUUUUACGGCAACCUGGUUGAUAGUUCAGGGAGAUUGGACUGCACACGGGCUGCGGUGGCGUUGCACAAGGCUCUGAAGUCGUUGCGCAAGAAGAAGAUUCCACUAGAACAGCAGAUUGUAUUUAUUCACAUAGGUGUCUAGCGUGAGACCCAUUCGUAAUUCUGUCGCAUUCGCUGGAUCGUUCGACCACUCUCGUUGACGGUCCAGAUGAGCGAGCUUUACGGAUUUUGGGAUGCUGGUCAGAACCCGAACCUGAACACAAGUCAUUCUCAUUCUCGACUGCGUGCCAAACGGAACGCUGCCGAAGCCGAAGUCAUUAGUUCCACCUUGGCACUACUUUCCUGUCCUUUAUGUUUUUUUCGAAUCUGCUAUCA